GUGACUUAUAUCUGUGUGUUUAACUCGGAGAAAGCAAAUGGCGAGCGACGAAGAGGAUUUCGUCUUCUUCGGAACACCAAUCGAACGUGAAGAAGAUACAAUCAGUCGCAAGAAAAAAUCCAUUGCAGAAGCUUCUGGUCACCUCCGAACCCUAGCUCCCUGGAAACAAGAGGUAAGGGAUGAAGAAGGAAGAAGAAGGUUUCACGGGGCAUUUACUGGAGGAAAUUCUGCUGGUUAUUAUAAUACUGUGGGAUCUAAAGAGGGAUGGACCCCACAAACAUUUACAUCAUCAAGGAAGAAUAGAGCUGAAAUUAAACAGCAAGAUCUUUCAAACUUUUUGGAUGAUGAUGAGAAAGCUGAAUUGGAAGGCAAUUCCUUGGGGACAUCCAUGCAGUUUGACACUUUUGGACUCACUGCAGCAGAUAUGGCUAGGAAGCAGGCUGAGAAGGAACAAAAUGAGAGGCCAUCAGCCAUUCCUGGACCUGCUCCUGAUGAAUUAAUAGUUCCAGCCACAGAUCCCAUUGGUGUUAGAUUGAUGCUGAAAAUGGGAUGGCGUCGUGGUCACUCGAUUAAAAGUUCAAAGACCAAUUCCCAUUAUGAUGCUCGAAGAGAAGCUAGAAAAGCCUUUCUUGCUCUUUCUAAAGAUGCAAAAGCACCUACUGCUGAAAUUGAAGAUGACAUUGAAACUGCUGCAGAGCUCCCCACUGAAGAUUUAAAUCAAUUUCAAAAAACUACUCCGGUUUACGUGCUAAAUCCAAAGCAGGAUAGGUAUGGGCUAGGCUACGAUCCGUUUAAAGGUGCUCCUGAAUUCAGAGAGAACAAAAGGUCAGAUCUACAUGGGAAUAGCGAGUUGGGACACAAAAGGUUAAAGAAAGAUGGCCUUUUCUCUUUUAAACCAAAAAAUGUUGCACCUGGAUUUGGCAUUGGAGCCCUUGAAGAGCUUGAUGCAGAAGACGAGGAUGUAUAUGGAUCAGGUUAUGAUUUUGAAGCUUUUGUUGAAGAAGAGGAACCUUCUAGAUUGAUCAUAGAGGAUAAGAAGAAGCCCAGCGUAAAGCAACAUGGUAUACUGCCUGGUUUUAAACUUUCUACCAUUUCUGACUACCAGUUAGAAAGAUUUGAUCCUCCGGUAGUUCCUAUGGAUUUUGUGCCACAUCACAAGUUCCCUGCUACUCUUGAAGUCAACCGAAACUUGAGUGAAGUUCCUCCAACAGAGGUUUCUCCACCCCCAGACAAUAGUUUGAAGGUUUUAAUUGAGGGUGUUGCAACUCUGGUAGCGCGUUGUGGUACAUUAUUUGAGGAACUUUCAAGAGAGAAAAAUCAGUCAAACCCACUGUUUGACUUUCUUAGUGGUGGAAAUGGCCAUGAUUACUACAAAAGGAAGCUAUGGGAGGCACGCCAAAAGCAUAGUGACAAAUUUAAACCGCUGUUGAAUGAAAAAGCUGAUGUACCUGCCCAGAAGAUGACCGCUGAGAGCCGUGGAAACAUUUUAGGAGAAAAACCUCUCAAGAGAACUGUUAAAGAUUUGAAACCUGAUGUUCCUGCCACUGAUGUUGUUAAUCUCCAGUUCCAUUUAUCAGAUACAUUCACUGAACCUGCAUCAUUCGUUGAGCCAACAGAAAUCAAAAAACCUUUCCAGCAUGACCCUGCAAAACAAGAACGUUUUGAGCAGUUUCUAAAGGAGAAAAAUCAUGGAGGUCUUCGCACCAAAGAUGCUGGGGGAUCAAGUAAAAUGUCAGAGGCUGAUCGUGCUCGAGAAAGGUUGGAGUUCGAGGCUGCAGCCAUGGCAAUAGCACAGGGAAAAUGGGGAAAGGAUAGUCAACCAUCCAGUCAACAGAUUUUGGCUGCAUCAGCUGGUCGGUUGCAGUUUACUUCUGGUGGAUUAGAGAUAAACGGAGUCAGUCAAGCGGAAGAAAUGAUGAAAAAGAGUAUGUUCCCAAAACGUGAAGAAUUUCAAUGGCGACCUGCAUCUAUUUUAUGCAAGCGCUUCGAUUUACUUGAUCCUUACAUGGGAAAGCCACCACCAGCCCCCAGGUCGAGGAGCAAGUUGGAUUCUCUUAUCUUCAUGCCAGACUAUGUCAAGGCUGCUGCAGCAGAAGUGGAAAAGACCAUCUCAAAUAAUAUCUCAUCACCACAAACAGAUGAGAUAAAGGGAACCGAUGUCAUGGGUGUUGAAGAUAAGGUUGAGGUCGAAAAUGUUGAGAGACCAGUUGACCUUUACAAGGCUAUAUUCUCUGAUGAUUCAGACGAUGAAGAAGAAAGCUCUAACAUUCCCUCACAGGAGGAACCAACAAAACAAAUAGAAGCUGCAAAAACAACCUUGAGUCGUUUGGUGGCGGGUGACUUUCUAGAAUCAUUGGGCAAAGAGCUGGGCCUUGAGGUCCCUCCUGAUCAACCAUACUCCCAGAUCCAUCCUAAGCCCUAUCCUACUCAAAGCCCAAACGUUUAUGAACUACCGCAAGUCAGUCAAGAAGCACAUAGACAUACACCGAAACACGAAGAUGUCAGCAGAAACAUCAAAGGGAGCGACUCUAAAAGUGACAAAGCAGAACUUAGCCAUGAAACUACAAAAAAGGACAUGAAGGUUAAAAGAGACGAAAGUUCUUCAGAGGACGGAAGGAGGCGGAAACGAUCUAAACGAGAUGGCGAUACUAGCGAUUCUUCUGAUGAUUAUAGGGAUCGGCACAGUUCAAGACAUAAAGGAAGAAAAAGGGAACACAGAAAACACUCGAAACAUCGAAAACAUAGAAAUCAUGAAUCGUCAAGCAGAUCCCGUCAUUCUGCUGAUAAAGAAUAUGGAGAUAGUAAGAGAGAGAAGAGGAAAUGGAGAGAUUGAUGACCAGAACUUAAAAAAUGGGCAUCAUGUCGCUUACUAAUACAAUUCUCUAGUCUAUACCCAUUGGCAGAGAUAUAAUUUUUGAUCUAUGUUCACAUAGAAAUGUAAUAUCUUGGUAGUAUUGAACCAAGAUUUCGUAUUACUAGCUAUUUGUAGCAAGCAUGGUGUGUCAAAAUGAGUUUCAGUGUCUCAAAUUUUUCUGCUUUCGGUUCUGAUCGAUCUAUUAUUCUAUUGUAUGUAAAGUUAUUUCAGAUUCUUUUAUUUUUGAGAGAACUCUUAAUCAACCAAUAUACUGAACUGUGACCA